GAAGAAAAAUACAGAAGACAAUUUUCUCAGAUGUAUUCAGUAUAAGACCACCUGGUUGGGCUGGCAUGGUGAUACAUUCCUAUCGUCCCAGCACCCAAGAGGCAGAGGCAGGAGACCGCCUUGAGUCUCAGGCCAGCCGAGGCUGUAUAGUGAACUGAAGGCUAGCCUGGACUGCAGAGAACAGAAAUGAAUAAAAGCAGCAGGCAGAGUAGGAAAAAAUACAGGAGAAGAAGCCACCCACAGAGCGCUCGGUUCAGACAGCGCAGUUCCUGUGAGAGGUGUAUGACAGGGGCACGGCAGAGUGCACAGGAGUCGGACCUCAGUGAUGAGGAGUGCCCAUCGACCUCAUCCAACACCCCUGGGGAGCCUUCUGCACCAGAUCUACCAGGGUAUUACUUCGACCCUGAAAAGAACCGCUACUUCCGCUUGCUACCUGGACAUAACAACUGCAACCCCCUCACCAAAGAAAGCAUCAGGCAAAAGGAAAUGGAGAGCAAACGACUACAGCUGCUAGAAGAAGAGGAAAAGAAGAAAAAGAGAGCAGCCAGAAUGGGAUUUAAUACAUCUUCCUUCCUACGAAAAAGCCAGCUGGGUCUGCUCAGCGUCUCCAGUUACUGCCGCUUAGCCCACGAGCUGCAGGUGAGCUGCAUGGAGAGGAAGAAGGUUGAGAUUCAGAGCGCCGAUGCCUCCACUCCGCCGAGCGACCCCUUCAGCCUCAUCCUGGUGGAUACCAAUAGCGACCGGCUCUUCACAGUCAAUGACGUGGAUGUUGGAGGCUCAAAGUACGGCAUCAUCAGCCUGAGUGGCCUACAGACUCCCGCCCUUACGGUGCGCAUGCACAAGAAUUUCUACUUCACCAACCGCAAGGUGAACUCUGUGUGCUGGGCCUCACUGAAUCACUUGGAUUCCCACGUUCUGCUGUGCCUCUUGGGAUUUGCAGACACGCCAGGCUGUGCCACUCUGAUCCCAGCAUCCCUCUUCACCAGUAAUCACCCAGGUGUAGACCGCCGUGGCAUGCUUUGCAGUUUCCGGAUCCCUGGGGCCUGGUCCUGUGCGUGGUGCCUCAAUGUCCAGGCGAACACCUGCUUCAGUACCGGCUUGUCUCGUCGGGUCCUGUUGACCAACGUCGUGACGGGGCACCGGCAGUCAUACAGGACCAACAGUGAUGUCCUGGCCCAGCAGUUUGCAAUCAUGACUCCUUUGUUGUUCAACGGCUGCCGCUCUGGGGAGAUCUUCGCCAUUGAUCUGCGUUCUCGAAGCCAGGGCAAGGACUGGAAGUCCACCCGCCUGUUCCAUGACUCGGCAGUGACCUCUUUGCGGAUCCUCCAAGAAGAGCAAUCUUUGUUGGCAUCAGACAUGGCUGGAAAGAUCAAGCUGUGGGACCUGAGGACCAUGAAGUGCAUAAGGGAGUACGAAGGCCACGUGAAUGAGCAUGCCUGCCUGCCCUUGCACGUGCACGAGGAGGAAGGGCUCUUGGUGGCAGUGGGCCAGGACUGCUACACAAGAAUCUGGAGCCUGCAAGAUGCCCACCUGCUCAGAACCAUACCGUCCCCGUACCCCACCUCCAAGGCUGACAUUCCCAGUGUGGCCUUCUCUUCCCAGCUUGGAGGAGAGCAGGGGAUCCCGGGGCUGCUCAUGGCCGUCAGGCAGGACCUGUACUGCUUCUCCUACAUCUGAGUUUGUAGGGGCCAGCCUGGAGGGGCGGAGCUGCCUGAGAGGAAGGAGGGCUCAUUUCCGUUGGCAGUGAGGGGCUUAGGUGACGCCCUGUGCACACAGCUCUCACCCCUGGCUGCUAGGAGGAGGUGCUGCAGAGACACUAGUGAGGUGGUUACGUUAAAGCGUGGGCUCAGAGAGCUUGAAAGUCCUUUUCAUAAAAGGUACUUAAUUCUUUCUCUUGUUAAUUGUCCAGAACAGUUCCCUACCCCUUACCCUUUUUAAAACAAAAAGACUUUUUCUAAGGACUAAAGAUGGGCAAAAACUAAGAGCUGUUGCUUACACUGGAAGCUCUGGAGGAGCCCAUGAAGUCAUUCCGGCAAGAGCUGCAUCUCCCUUGACAAAGCUGGGCAUAGGGCAGGUGACAGCCUGAGUGACGGCUGAAGGCUGGAGUUGGGAAUUGUUAACCUGGCUGUCGCCCGCUCCGACAGCGCCCGCUCCGGCAGCAUUCCCCUUUUGUUACAGGCACUGAAAGGAAAGACGGCUGCUUUUAAAUGCUGGAAGUUAUAAACAGUCUGGAACAUGCCUUAUUGAGACAGCUUCCAGAACGCGCAGGGACAGCAGCUCUUGUUGCUGUUACACUGAUUGGAAUGUCAAAUUCAGGGACUCGGAAUCAAAGAAAAUCCACUGGCUUUUUAUAAGCGCAGAGCUGCAGUUUGUAAGAUGUUUAUACCAAGUGUUUUUAAAGCCUGUCUUUCUACCAAUAAAGUAGAAAAACAUGUCCUAGCAUGUUGCUUCUGCUAAACUCCCGAUGCUUAUAGCACCAAACCAUGCAAUAGUCUAUACUUAGAUGUCACAUGAAGCCAAAAUAGCUGAGACCAGCUUUAAUAGCUUGCUGGAGAGCUUCCAGUUGUUUGUCCAGACCAACCCACUCUGUCCUGGCCUGCCCUGCAUGUGCCCUGGGAGACUGGUCCCCGACGGCUGCAGGGGCCAGCGCUCCAGGGCGGAAGAGCGAGCCAGAAAGCAGAGGGCAGAGGACCCGAGUGGGUCGUCAGCUCCCUGGCUCCUUUUCUGUUGACCUGUGGUGGCUGUGACCAAAGGUCCCAGCUUCCAGUGGAACGCGGCUCCCCCUGGAUUCCACUUGACUGUUCUGUGUCCCUAGCACCGCACUGUUAUUCAUCCCAUGUUAUUUCACCAAUUAAACUGUUCAGUUCCCUCGA